AUGAAGAACAUGCUCACAAAGAAAAAAGGAUGCACAGAUGAAGAAACUUUGGUGCUUGAUGCCCAAUGUAGUGCUAUAAUCCAAAGAACUACUCCAAGAAAGGAAUCUGAUCCGGGGCGAGUGACCUUACCAUUAAACAUUGGAGGUAAUUUCACUGGUGAUGGGUUAAUCGAUCUGGGGUUGAGCAUCAACUUAAUCCCUUUAUCCAUUAUUAAGAAGCUAGGAAAUGUGGUAAUGAAGCCUACUAGUAUGACACUACAAUUGGCCUACAAGUCCAUCACUUCACCUUAUGGAGUGAUUCAGGAUCUGCUAGUUAAAGUAGACAAACUCUUUUUCCCGGUGGACUUUGUGGUAGUCGACAUGGAAGAAGAUCAUGAGAUGCAGCCAGCCAAGAGAGGUCGCACAAAAUCCACUAGUACCGGUCCUCGUGGUGCCGGUCCUCGAGAACCCAUUGCAUGA